AACAGUCGUGAGCAGGAAGAGGGAAACGAAAGCAGAGACUGUGGGGGCUCGACGUAUUUAAACACGAUGCUGCUGUACAAUAACGGUGACCGCGGCUUCGUGUGGAGGAGCGCGUCUGCAGCCCGCUCACUUCAACAGGACGCACGGACACGGAGAUCCACGCAAGUGACCUUCUGAUCGGGCCGGUGAUGGUUUGAUUUCGUGACGCGCGAAAAUAUACUUGAGAGACAUGAGGUGUCACCUCGGGUUACUGCCUCAGGAAAUGAUGACAGUGUCCUCCAUCAUCGUUUAGCCGCUCAGAGCGAAUUUUUCUUGUCUUGCGGCCAUUUCAGCUGAACGCGACUGUCUGUCAAUUUAACACACAAAAAGCCCAAACCGGGUGUGACCGGCGUCUCGGAGGUUGUGUGAGCAGGUGCAGCGCGUCUCGGCUUCAGUCUGCCCGCAGCCAGCUUCACAGGUAGCAGCUGGACGGGCUGCGGACUGUGAAGCCGAAUCUGGAUCAGGCUGGACAUCAUAUUUCAGAAAUGUCAUCCACUAUCGAGAGGAAGACACUGGAGGCCAAUGAGGAGCCUGUGGAUGAGGUCCUCCAGAUGCCACCGUCUCUGCUGACAUGUGGUGGGUGUCAGCAGAGCAUCGGUGACAGGUUCUUCCUAAAGGCCAUAGAGCAGUACUGGCACGAGGACUGUCUGAGCUGCGACCUGUGUGGCUGUCGGCUGGGGGAGGUUGGCCGCCGACUCUACUACAAGCUGGGAAGAAAAUUAUGCCGGAGAGACUACCUCAGGCUCUUUGGUCAGGAUGGUCUCUGCGCCUCCUGCGAGAAGAGGAUCCGAGCGUUUGAGAUGACGAUGCGUGUGCGGGACAAGGUUUACCAUCUGGAGUGCUUCAAGUGCGCUGCCUGCCAGAAGCACUUCUGUGUGGGUGACCGCUACCUGCUCAUCAACUCAGACAUUGUGUGCGAGCAGGACAUUUUUGAGUGGACCAAACUCAACAAUAACAUGGUUUAGGAGAAUGUCUUGCUCAACACGAUACUUCGCCUUUUCCCACUGGCUUUAAAGGGAAUGAACCACUGAUGAAUAAACUUUUUGUGGCCUGUGCAGGCUUUAUCAUGCAUCUGACAUUCAUAUGGAAUCGUUUUAACACAGAGAGGGGAGGCUACGUCUCUGCGUUGCUCCCUGCUGGAGACUAAUGAAGACUGCACCAGCAAUAACAGUUUGUCUUCUAAAGCUUCAUCCUUACAUGCAAAAAAUACUUAAAUACUGAAAAUACUUAAACAUGCAAUAAUAGUUGUUUGUUAUAAACACUGGAAGUGAAGAGUUUCAGCAAAUGAACAAAAGCUAAAUCUUUGUGAAGUUUCUUGUAGUCAAACACUGUUUCAUCACCUCAGUCUUGCCAGAAACAUUCAUAAGAAUUUCAGUAACGUUUUAUUUUAUGGAUCAGUUAUUUCCUUAGAAUUAAUCAAUUAGUUUCUAAUUAUUGGUAAAAUAUGAAUGUUGUUAAAGAAACUGCUUCAUUUAAACCUGGUAUAUGAAUUGAUUAUUGGAAGCUUAAUUCUGUUGAAUUGUUUGCAUGUUCAGCUAACGUGCUGCACUGACUGAAGUGUACCGAUUCAACACUGUCUCUACAUUCUAUAUUAUAGUACAAAACUACAUACUUUCCUCCAGGAAACUUGCCAAGAAAAUCAGUGAGACUUUAUUAGUAAAUUAUAGACCUGUAAAAUAAAGCGUUACUAGAUUUUCACAUUAUAAAUGGAAUAAAAUGACCAUUUUUGAAAAGUC